UACAGCUCUGUAGCGCUCUCUCUCCUGGCUCGCCUCGCCUGCGCCCUCUCUCUCUCUCUCUCCUGGCUCGCUCGCUCGCGCUGUGGAGCUCGAGACCCUCGCCAUUCCGCCGCGGGAAACCCUAACCCUAGCCCUCGCACCGCCGCGGGAGGCCGCGGGAGAGCCCGGGUCGCGCCGCGCCGCCGAUCCCGAUCCAGACGCCGUCGCGCCGAGCCGAGCUGAUCGAGUCUCUGGCGGAUUAGAGGACGGACACAAUUUCAGAUUGCUUGCAGCUAGUUUUAUUUUUCCAGUCCAGGGUGAAAACUUCUGGGUAGUGUAGUUUGUUGUGGGUUUAUCUUCCUCAGCAUACAAGCAAACAGUUGUGAAAGCUGCUUAUAGUUCUAUAUAUGAUAUGAAAGUUUGGGAACUAUCAACUGCAAAUUGGCCACUCUUUCACGGGCAUUAGACCCUUAGGGACACUCCAGGAAUGUCACAUUUUCACCCCACACAGCAUGCGGGUGAGAAUGAUUUUCAGAUGUGGCAGCAGCAGAUGAUGUUCAAGCAGUUGCAGGAGUUUCAGAGGCAGCAACAACUACAGCAGUCUGAUCAUGGAGCCAGAAUGCAGCCCUCUUUUGGACAGUUUCAUGCUCCUGCAAAAUCUUUGCCUGCUGAUCAAUUGUCGACAAUGUCAAAUGAAAUGGUCAAUAAUGAGGCCAUGAAUUCUGCAUGGCCACAUAAUUUUACCGGUGGUGACCCGAAUUUGACAAGUAACUCCCAAAUGUUGAAUAAUGGUAGCACAAAUUGGGAUCAGAUUGUUGGUGCUCCCGGUGUGGGCAAUUUCAUGAAUGGUUCAAUGUUGGCGAAUGCUCAGAAUCAAUCGAUGAGACCAAUGGGAUUAGCUACCCACCAAGUGGAUCAAUCUUUUUAUCCAAUGCAUGCUACUAGCAGCAGAGGGCCUGGAAACCAGUAUUCCCAAUUUUUAGGGAUUCCUGCUGAUCCUCAGAGUGCAUUGACAAGGGUUGGUUCAGAUCAGUCAGAAAAGACAUCCAGACCAUUCAACUCUUCAAUGAAUGAACAUGGUCUUCAUAUGCAAGGUACCACCAGUUUGAUGCAUAAUUUUCGUGGAAAAGGGGGUUUCUUAAAUAACAGUCUGAUGCAAAGUCAAGGUGAUAAUAUCAGAGCAGGCAGUCCGGUUACAAUGAAUCAACUGCAACAUGGCUUUCAAACCCAAGAUUUUCAUGGUAGGUCAAACCAAGUUGAUCUUCAAGUGGGCAUGCAAGAGAAAUCAGCAAUGCAGGUAGGGCAAGCAAGUCGUGGGGCUAGUCUUGACCCUACCGAGGAGAAAAUCUUAUUUGGGAGCGAUGAGGAUAGCAACUGGGGAGCUUUGUUGAGGGGUGACAAUGAUAAUGGCAAUUCUUUGGACAAUGAUAAUUAUGGUGGUGGCUACUCAUCUCUACAGAGCGGUAGCUGGAGUGCCCUUAUGCAGGAAGCUCUCCAGUCUACAACCAGUGAAAAUAGUCCCAAAGAAGAGUGGAGUGGCUUGAGUUUCCAUAAAAGUGAGCAGGUGAUGGCUAACAAUGCAACUUUAUCAGGCCACGAUGAUAAUAAGCUUACUGGGCUAAGCGGUGCAAACCUAGAAAAUGCACGUCCUUCACCAUCGUCCAGCUAUGCUGAUGGAACAAUGAAUAACCCAAAUCUUGCCAGUUUUCAGCAUGCCAUAAGGCCUCCAUUCGAGCGAAGGGACCAUAUGGCUCAUGAAUCUCCUACUGCUCCUGUUAACAAUCAUAAAUCAACUUCUGAAGUGAACAAUGGGUACUUUCAGCAGGGUUUAAAACAAAUUCAAUCUGAUGGAAGGCAAGAACAAGCACAACUAGCAAAUGGAAUUUGGCCGCAUCAAAAGACUGAACUGCUCAGAAAUAAUUUGCAGUCAACUGGUGUGCAUGCUACGCCACCUGGUGCACAUGGAUUUUGGAUGUCACAACAAAAUACAGCUGAUCACAAUAUCAACAGAGAGUCCAGUAAUAACCAAAAUGACUGGAAAGCUAACAAUGCGCUUGGACAAGACAUGCACAAUAGCCAAAAUGUCUUCAAUAGCAACGAGAACUCUUGGAAGUCAACUGGAGGUAAUGUGAAUUCAGUCCAGAGACUUCAGCAGAGGAAGUCUGACGUAAGCACUACUCAUGAAAGUUCAGAUGGUAAAAAUAUUAGCAUGAUGAGCUCAAGCAUGCCAAUGAUGACACAAGAUCAUUAUCAGAUGGUCACUAGUCGGAGUGGUGAGCAAAUUGGCAUGAACCGUAAUAUGGCACAUAGAGCUCCAGAGACCUCUGAGUCACCAGGAAAAAGCGCAGAACAAAGACCAGGUGAUUUCAACCAGGAAUAUCUAAAUGCAACCCCUAACGAAAGGCAAGCACACAUUUUAAACCAUGGACAACACAUAACAAGUGAUUCUGCUCCCAGAAGGCAUUCUGUAUUUGCUGGGAAGGAAUCCGAAAAUUUAGGUCAGUCUAGUCAGCAAGCAAUGGGAUCUUACAUGUUGCAGAAUCGUGCUAUGGGGAGCUCUGGAAUGAACAUUGGCCCAUCUCCAGGCAAUCCAGUUUCAAAUAAUCUGUUUCCACCUCAGAUGCGGAAUAAUCUGCAGCAUCAUUUUGGCACAAACUCCCAUGUUUCUAAUAAUAUGCCUUCAGUAAGUGAGAAAAUGAUGAUGGCACAGGAACAACUUCAAUCUCGACAUGGUCUCCCUAACAGCUCCAGUGCAUUACCUUUUGGAGGAGCUGAUACUGGUCUAUCUCAGAAUAGAGCAGUUCAAAACAGUCAACAUAUGCUUCAGCUUCUUCAUAAGGUGGAUAACUCAAGAAAUAGCAAUGUGGUUGCUGACAUACCCAACAAUUCCCUUGGCGUUGUUUCUGCCCAGCAACAACUUAACCAUUCUUCUUUGCAAGGAUUUGGAUUGAGACUGGCACCACCAUCCCAACGCCAAUCAAAUUCGGGUAAUUUAUGGUCUAGUCAGACUAAUGCUGAUGGCAAGCAAUCUGACCACUCAGCACAAGAUGAUGACCGCACACAGCUACCUUCCACCCCUAGCCAGUCACUGACUCCUCAGCAUCAAAACUCUCAAUCUUCACCAUUUCACAGUUCAGAAACAGAAAAUACUGGGCAACCAAUUGCACGUUUCCCCCAAUUAAGUUCAGGCCAACAGUAUCCUGUGGCAGAUGAUAGAUCUGGUCCUGCACCCAUGGUGCAGCAGCAGCAGCCUCAGCAAAGCAACUCCGCAACAGUGUUCAAGAAUGUAUGGACAAACAUAUCAGCACAGCGCCUAGCUGGUAUGCAAGCUAACAAGAUUACACCCAACAUCCUUCAGUCUAUGAUGUUUCCAAAUAAUGCUGCAGCUUCCAACUUAUGGAGCUCUCAGAAGGCAGAUGAUCAAGGGCAGAGGGCAGCAACUCCAUCAGAUAUUGCAACAAGUUCAGCGAACUCACAGAAUCAAGAUGCAAAACAAGCUGCUGAUAGCGAGGCAGGGUUAGCAUCUUCCCAGAAGGCAAACCUAGAGUCAGCAGGAACUACCAUAACAGGAGGAAAUGAAUCCUUGCAGAAGCCUUCUGCAGAUGGGAAUUCCAUCAAUGCUGUUUCAUCCUUUGCACAGUUGCGUCAGCAAGGCAUCCUUGGUGCUAAACAUGGGGAGAUCCCAGGAGCUAAUUUUCAGGCUAUGAAUGCUUCCCACAAUAAUGCUAAUAAUAGUGGCGGCAUUGUUUUACAUGGAAGCCCAGCACCUUCAAACAUUCAGCAGCAAAAUUACUCUCUUUUACAUCAAAUGCAAGCCUUGAGGCAUACAGAUAUUGAUCCAGGCAGUUUAGCUGGGAAGGCGACAAGACCUGAUAUUGGUCCUGAUGCUUCACAGAUUGACUGGAAGUCUGGUCAGAGGUUUGCUCAUGUAGCCAAUAACUCAACCAAAUCGUCUGCAGAUAACAUUGGAAGCCCUGGUGUCCCAGGGCCAUUCACUUCAGACAUGAAAAUGCUGAGUUUUGCUUCAAGGAGUGAGGAGAGAAAUCCUAAUGUACCUUCUCAGCUUCCUUCUGGAGAGCGCCCAUCACCUGGUAUGGUUACUGCACAAAAUGAUAAUCGGAAUCAAGUUCAGCCUAUGGGCACAAGUGCAACGUCAAAUUCUGUUGAAAGAAGUGAGAGGCCGAGGAUAAACCCUCAAAUGGCACCUUCUUGGUUUGGACAUUACGGAAACUAUAGAAAUGGUCAGAGUGUUGCUAUGCUCAAUGCGCAGAAGCCCACGGCUUUGCCAUAUAAUUUUCCGAAAGCUUCUUGGAACAAUGAAAAUAAUAGCCCUGCUGAAAAUAGAGUUGAAUCUGGCCAAUCUGUUAGGCCUGGGCAUCAUCUCCCAUCAACAAGAAUGGAAGCUUUGGUUCCUUCCAAUGUAAAAGUAUCUUCAAUGAUGAGAAGGCCUAAGAAGCGUAAAGCAAUGGACUCCACACUUGUUUCUUGGCAUAAAAUAAUUGAAAGCCCACAAAAACUGAGGAACAUCAGCACAUUUGAGAUGGACUGGGCUUGGGCAGCUAAUCGGUUAAUUGAGAAGGAUGAGUCAGAAACUCCAGACGACGCUCCUUUAAAUUAUUUACCGCGGAAGAGGCUAAUCUUGACAACCCAGUUGAUUCAGCAACUUCUCCCUGCUAUACCAGCAACCAUUCUGAGAGCACAAGCUGUGUCUGCUUACGAAAGUGCGACAUACACUCUAUCAAUGCUGACACUAAGGGAUGCGUGCAGCAUGGCAUCAUCAUCAUUAUAUAACUCUUGCUCUCCCGUGGAGGAUGAAAAUAACCCAUCUGAACAAACAACAAGUGCUAAGAAAAUGGAAGACAAAGUGUCAAAGGCCGUGGAAGUCUUUGUUGGAAGAAUCCGGAAGAUGGAAAAUGACUUUAUAAGUUUGAACAAGAGGGCCUCGAUGCUAGAUGUGCAACUGGAGUGCCAAGAUCUGGAGAGAAUUUCUAUUGUAAAUCGUUUGGGAAGAUUUCAUGGCCGGAACCAUGCAGCAGCAGUUGAGGGUUCAUCUGCUUCAGAAAUGACUCCUCGGAGAAUUUUUCCUGAAAGACAUGUCAUGUCUUUUGCAGUCCCUGGAAAUCUUCCUGAAGGAGUCUACUGUUUGUCACUCUAGUGGAAUGAUCUUCAAUUAUUUUCUAGCCGCUCAGAUAAUACAUCCCUGUGAUCCCCAGUGCUCCUUAUUCCAUGCAAAGCAUGGCCAAACAGAAGAGUCAUAUUAUCAAGGGGUGACUUGAGAACCGGAAGCGUCACAAUACCACGAUGAGGCAGGCCGGGGGACGUGUUCCAGCCGAUCAACUCAGUGCUGGCUGUUGUUGUUGUCCCUUAUAUCAAGUAUAGGUCCAUGUAUAUUUUGGAAAGUCAAGGAAAAAAACUGUGGAUCUCCCAUCAUUUUUCUCCGAUGAAGAGUUUAGCUUCAGAAUUUUUUAGAGAAGUCGAUGCUUACUAGCUUAGUACAUCUAGCGGAUUUCUUCGCUAUUUGUCAAUCUCUAAGAAAUCCAUGAUGAUGGAGUGUUGGCAGGCUAGAGUGGAAAUAAUAAUGUGAGCCUUUCUCUGGGUUCUUUGGUUCCUUUAGGAUGGGAUGCAAAUUGGGUAGUGUGUCCAGUCUAACUGACAACCCUUGUUAGUCAGCAGUUAAUUACUAGUUUUAUGUAGUGCUGAAAGCAUUCAUGGAACAAGUGGCGGGUAAAGUGCUUUGGAAAUUCUUGUUAACUUCUGUACCCGUGAUGUUUAAACGCUAACGGGUUCUUGUAAAUUUAAAGUGCCAAUAUUCCUGAGGUUAUAUUUUACUUCAUGCAAA